AUGGAGAACACUAAUUUCAAUUGGGUUUUCACUGGUAUUUAUGCACCUAAUGCUAAUAACAAUAGCGCAAGAAAUCUAUUUUGGAGGGAGAUAGAGAAGGUGAUAUGUUUUUUGAAAUUACCCUGGAUAAUUGGAGGCGAUUUUAAUGAAAUUCGAUUUACUCAUGAGAGGUCUACUGGUGGUGAAGAUUCAGUUGGUAUGAGUAGAUUAAACAGAUUCAUUUCUCAACAUGAGUUGUUUUAUUUACCUUUACAUGGAGGUACUUAUACCUGGACAAACAAUCAGUUCAACAAUAUAAGAAGUCGCAUUGAUAGAAUUAUGGUUUCACCUGAGUGGGAGCAGCAAAUUCCUAAUCUAAUGCAGCAAGCCUUGUCAAGACCAUGCUCUGAUCAUAGUCUCAUUGAUCUUUCAUGUGACGGUGUUAAGUCAGGUAAUGUUGGUUUCUCUUUUUGUAAGAAAUUGCAACUGUUAAAACCAAAGUUAAGAGACUGGAGCAUAUUGGAAUAUGGAGAUAUGGAUAUGAGACUGGAUGAAUUGGAGAACACUUUUACUUCUUUAUAUGCUGAGGAAAAUCUCAAUGAUGGUCUUUCUGAGGAACAAUUGAAUACUAGGCUGCAGGCAAGGACAGCUGAAGGCUACUUUAAAUCCAAAAAAGGAAUUAGAAUAGCGGAUCCUUUAUUCCCCUUUAUUUUUCCUUUAGUAGGUGAAGCCUUAUCUUAUAUGAUUCAACAAGCUCAAGAACAAGGUUUAAUUAUAGGUUUUCAAACAGCAGAAGGAGACAAACUUAUAAGUCAUUUGCAAUUUGCAGACGACACUUUAAUUUUCAUGGAUGUUGAGCAGUUGCCAACAACUUAUUUGGGUCUGCCUUUGGGUGAUAAAAGCGGUGGUGUUGCAAAGUGGGAUAAGGUGAUUGAUAAGUUUAAUGCUUGUUUACCAGGUUGGAAGAAGCCACAUUUAAAUAGAGCUGGAAAAAUCACUCUUAUCAACAAUGUUCUUGCAAGCUUGCCCGUGUACUACGUGUCCCUUUUUGUUAUGCAUGUUUCAGUUGCAAAAAAAAUUUGA